AUGCAGCUGCAGUUCUUAACUGCGGGAGACGGUCGACGUAUUUCAAGGUCACACAUGAGACGGGCCUGUGCGUUGUGUCGCCAAAGAAAGAAACGUUGUUACCACAAUAAGUCGUCGGCGUCCCCUGAACAACUUACGCUGGUGGGAUCCGGUGGCUCUCGCGAAGGCCAUGCUCGUUCAGGCUCCAUUUCCCAGCCUCACACCGAACGGGAACAGGAACAAGAACAGCCCGGUCCGUCAACCGCCAGCAAUCAAAACGUCGACCCCAAUCUAUUCUUAUGUGAUACCAGCCCUAUCGUGACACUUCUGUCCGACCCAAGAUCUAGGCUCAGGAAAGGACAGUCCCAGAAGGGGAUCGUCGGGGCGUCCCUGCAUCACACGCGCUUCCCCCGUGAAUCGACAACCGAGUCACUGUAUCCUUCUCCGCUUUUUUUUGCUGCAGCGAGGGCAGAGGAAGAAGGAGGCAAUAUCGGUAUUCUGCCCCCCAAGCCUAGCCAGAAAGCCUUGGUCGACAUCUACUUCCGUCGCCUCCAUCCGUUCCUACCGCUGCUGGAUGAAGAUGAGACGCGGUCUCAAUUUGCAAAUGGCACUUUGUCUGUUCCACUGCUUCAGUCGAUGUGUCUGGCUGCCUCCAAGAGCAGAGAUGCAGCACCCUUUCUGUGUCUGGGGGCUGACAUGACACCGUUGCCAGUGGAGAUAUUCAGCCAGCGAAUCUACGCUGAUGUCCCGAACAAUAUGCCCAAGAAGGAAGAAAAGAGGAUUCUCACGAUACGGAUCCUCGCACUGCUAUCACUGCACGGAUGGGGCCCUACCGGACACGAGGAUUCAUCUUUAAUACUGUCCCAGGCUAUCCAUCACGCUCAAACCUUUGGGCUGCAUCUAGCGUGGCCAGAGAAGACCUCAAAGUCAUUAGUGGCGUUGUUCUGGUGUCUAUGGAGUCUUGAUCGGUGGAAUUGCGCCGUCAACGGAAGACCGCCGAUGAUCAAUGACUACGACACAGGCCAGGACGUCGCUGACGUUCUCCCGCUGUUUCAGCCAUCGUUCCAGAUCUGGCUUCGUAUCGCGAGUCAACUCGGGGGCGUUAUCAAGUCGUAUCGGCCGGUAAUGGAUGGCCAUUGCGAGCCGGAUGCUGAGAUCCCCAUGUUUGAGGAGGUUGUCGAGGAUUCACUUGGGUUUGGUGUAAAUCCUGAUAUUCUUGAGUCUCUUGAGCUCUUCCACCACGCAGUCGUUAUUCUAUCCACGCAUGCAAAAGGCCUACAAGGUCGGUCACGCUCGCGAAUGACCAAAAUCCGUCAAAGCCAGUCACUCUUCAGCGUUGCGACGCUCGUCCGUAAACAAAUAGCCAGAGAUUCUCCCCCGCUAUCGAUAUUCGCAUACACAAUAUCCAUCGCCUUCUCGGUGACCUAUCGCCAGUUGAAAGAAGCUAAACUGCCGAGCGCUGAACCUGUGGCAAUCGACCAUCUCGAUUUGUUCCAUCAAUCCCUCAAGGCGUUGAGCGAUACCUGGUGGCUAGCAGCCGUCAUGACGCAUUUAAGCAAGGCGGCCCUGGAUGGCAUUCUUCGACAAAGGGCUGAGAACGGAAACAAUAUAUCCGAAAGCCAAGCAAGUACAGACGAAGGGAGCCUAAGAAGACCAAGACCUCAGACUCCAGGUAUCGAUACUCAUACUUCCACUCCCACCACUGCACCACUACCAAAAGCCAGCUCUACUUGGGGAUCUCAAGUAGUGGCGGCUUCUCAAUCGCAAGACAGGAGUGCUGGCGGUGUCGUGGAUGCAGAGCCAUUCGCUGCUGACAUUCCCUCUCCUUUUGGGGGCUCUGUCCUGUCUCUUGACGAUGAGGCGUAUUUUGAUAGUGUUUUUGAGAAUUUCCCAAGCCUCAACUUUCCGAAUGUCUUGGGUGAACCUUUUCUUGCGGAUCAGGCCUUCUCAUUAGCGUUAUAG